UGUUUGGAUUUGGUGCUUUUCACCUGUGGAUGCGGUCUGAAGCCAUGUCAGAGGGGUUGUGUUUGUGUUUAAGUGUGCAUUUUAUAGACUGUAGGGGUGAUAAUCUUGCCUCUCCCCCUCUGAGCUCAGGAACAAUCGAGGAAAUAAGCAAAGGUGCCAAGCAGGCUCCUGAUAGGCACCAGCAAGCUUGGGGGCACAGCAGGUCGAGCAUAGAAGCCCUGGCAAGCCUGGCCCUUCCUGGAGAGUCCUUUCUCUCCCUUCCAGCCUGUCCUGUUGCUCCAUAUGCAAGAAGUAUUUGAAUGUAGCUCUUCCGCCCGAGGUCAGCCCUGGGCAGUGGGUGAUGGGGGUGACACCCGUCUGCUGGGUGCCUGAGGAUCUUCAUCAGGCAGAUGGCCAAGAUGAGAGGUGAUGACAACCGGUACCUAAUGCAGGCUCCCCCCAGCAGGUAUUUUUAUGCUGGGCAAGUCGGGCUUCCAGCCUCUUGGUUUCAGGGCUUCUUUCACCCCACUCCCCAAUGCGCCCGACUUCCCUGGGCACCUAGGACGUCCCCCUGCAUCUUAGCUAGAGCUGCCACGUCAGGAACCCCUGAUUCACUAGUUUUUGCCAGUUGGCUGUGCCACAAACAUUGUAAAAUGUGUCAUUAAGGCAUAGCCGGAGACGCAAGCUGAGAGGAAGAGACUCCCAGCUAACAGGACGUGGCAACACCGCCACCAAUUUAAACUGCCGCAGACUGACAAAUAAGAAGUUGCCGUGUUGGGACGGCUGCAACAUCCCAAGGAAGCUUCAAGCCGAGUGGCCAAUCCACAUGUGGGACUACAGUACCCAGAAGUCAUUGCGGCACAACGAUAUAUUUUCGCGACUCAGUAGCCCUGCAAGCUAGAGGAGCUUUGAGGGGUGGUCACAUUUGAGCACACGCAGACAGACUACGGGUUCGUGUGCAGGUCUGGAGGGUUCUCACACUUUGGCUGUCUCUGCUGGUUUCAGGAAGGCGACCGGCAGCCUCGGGCAGGGGAGACUGGCCUCUGGCUCAGAGAAUAGACGGCGCUUGGAUGCCGGGAAUUCUCUGUAGCAGGAGACUGCCCUAUCCAGAAGAUGACUCAAGACCGGCCUCUGCUUGCUGUGCAGGAGGCCCUGAAGAAGUGCUUCCCCGUGGUGGAGGAGCAGCAGAGCCUGUGGCAGAGCGCCCUGCUAGACUGCCAGCCCCUCCUGGUCUCCCUCAGCAACCUGGCGGAGCAGCUGCAGGCCACACAGAACCUGAGGUUUGAGGAUGUGCCGGCGCUUCGGGCCUUCCCAGACUUAAAAGAGCGACUGAGGCGUAAGCAGCUGGCGGCUGGUGACAUCGUCCUGGACAAGCUAGGGGAAAGGCUAGCCAUCCUCCUCAAGGUGCGAGACACAGUCAGCAGCCAUGUGGAGCGAGUGUUUCAGAUCUAUGAACAACACGCAGACAGAGUUGGCACUGAUGCUGUCCUACAGUCUUCAGCGGUGAGCCCCUCUGUGGCUGACAUGUUGGAAUGGUUGCAAGAUAUUGAGAGGCAUUAUCGAAAUUCGUACCUGAAGAGAAAGUAUCUUCUUUCUUCUAUCCAGUGGGGAGACUUGGCAAACAUCCAAGCUUUGCCGAAGGCCUGGGACCGAAUUUCAAAAGAUGAACACCAAGAUCUUGUACAGGAUAUCCUAUUGAAUGUGUCCUUCUUCCUGGAAGAGUAAGGAAGCUGUGUUUAUCUGGAGACAACGGGCACCACAGUUGAAGACUGACAUUGCUACACCCUGCUAUUUCUAAAGAAACGUCAGUAUUUCAAUCUGACAUAUUUGAAAUAUCAAUGAGUUGAACCUGAAGACUGGGUCCUGGGGGGGAUUAGUGCUUAGAUGUCUGAAGGAGCUGCUGCAUGCCAGGCCAUGGCUGAGAGUAUGUGAGCCAUGCGCCUUGCCCUUUUCUGAGGCUCAGGGAAGUGGAUGGAGAUAGAGAGAAAGCAGGAAAGGCAUUGCUGAAGAACAUAGUGCCUUGUAUCCAUUGUAGACUUGAAGAGAUAAGGAAGGCUAGGACAGGAGGCAAAGAGCCACACUGCCCUUGGUAUCAUCCACAGCAUCGUCUGGUUGACAGCAGGUCCUGGCUUUGUGUCUUUUGUCAAUACUUGAAUCCUCGACAAAAGGAAAACUGGUUUUGAUGAUUUAAAGAAAUAAGUGUGAUUUUGACGGAAUAUAUUUUAAAAAUUUUGACCAAUUGCAAUAGUUAUCAUCAAGCCAAUUUCCAGCGCCUGCCACCAGGGGGAGGUGGUGCAGCAUGAAUCUUGAAUGCUUUGUGGUUGAAGGGUUCCUCAUUACUGUUACACUCUCAGAGGAAGUCACUGGCAUAGUGAGACUCCUAAAAUGACAGGGUUUAUUUUUUUGGCCAAAGCUGGCAUCUGGCUUGCCACAUUCCUCUGAGUCUGGAGUAGUUUCAGGGUGGGAGAACACCAGCCCAGAGUCACUCCUUUGGGGUCACAUUUCCAAGGCCUGCUACCGUCAUCCACGUAAUGGUGGUGUUACUUUCAGACCUUUCAGCUUCCCAGGGCGCUGUAAAAAUCUUGGCCUUUGAAUGUAAAGCGGCUUAGUAAAGGGUAUAGAUAUUUUUCCAAAAUGAAAAUAACUUUUUUCUUAUAAGUGAUACGCUUUUAUAAAGAUCAUAGGAAAACUAGAAAAAAUUUAAGUAGAAAAUUUUAAAACAAACUUCAUUAGAGAUAUUUUGAUGUGUAUCUUUUUAGUGUCUAUUCAUAAAUUUUAUCUUUUUCAAUAUAGAUGGGGUCUCACUAUAUUCCCCAGCUCAAACUCCUGAGCUCAAGGGAUCCUCCCACCUCGGCCUCCCAAAGUGUUGGGAAUACAGGCAUGAGCCACUGUGCUCGGCCAAUUCGCAAAUUUUUUAAAGAACAAACAUGGUAUCAUUGAUACAUACUGUUAGAUUGUCUUUUUUUUUAAACCUAAUGUAAUUUGUUCCUCUUUUUAUAUCUGUAAAUGUAGCUCAACACAAUUAUAUACCUUUUGUGAAUGUAUUAUAUCUUACAAUUUACAUUUUAUCUUACAUUUUACAUGCAUUUUCCCAAAUCUUCAUGUUUUUCUAUCUGUAAAGAUAAUCCAUUCUGAUUAUGCAUCAUUAUCUACCUAUAACUAUUAUUAAUAAUGUGUAUUUAUUUUUCCAGAAAUUAAAAUCUAUCAUAUACAUAUUAUAAAUAAAACUUAAAAA